CAAAUAUUAUACGGGAGGUGGGAGCUGUAUUGAACUGUUUUAUCAUCAUCUCAAAGUCAUCAAUCAACCGCGCAUCUUCCUUCUUCUUCUCUACCAUUUCUUUUUUUUUUUUGUUUUUCGGGGCUAGCUUCUCAAAUUUCAUAAGCUUGCGAGUUCGAUUGGGACAUUUUUCACGAUUCGGCAAGGCGUUUCUCAAGUUAGCGGCAGAGAUGAGCGUGUCAAGGUUCAUAAAGUGUGUUACUGUCGGAGAUGGCGCCGUCGGAAAAACGUGCAUGCUUAUUUCUUACACCAGCAACACUUUCCCUACUGACUAUGUUCCAACUGUUUUCGACAACUUCAGUGCUAAUGUGGUUGUUGAUGGCAACACUGUCAACCUUGGCUUGUGGGACACAGCCGGUCAAGAAGACUACAACAGGCUACGACCUCUGAGUUACCGUGGCGCAGAUGUUUUCCUUCUUGCUUUCUCCCUCAUCAGCAAGGCUAGCUACGAGAAUAUCGCCAAGAAGUGGAUUCCUGAGCUCAGGCAUUAUGCUCCUGGUGUUCCCAUUAUCCUCGUUGGUACUAAACUUGAUCUUCGAGAUGAUAAGAAAUUCUUUAUAGAUCAUCCCGGUGCAGUUCCCAUUACUACAAACCAGGGAGAGGAGCUGAAGAAACUGAUUGGGUCUGCGGUCUACAUUGAAUGUAGUUCAAAGACACAACAGAAUGUGAAGUCAGUGUUUGAUGCGGCCAUACAAGUGGUUCUUCAGCCACGAAAACAGAAGAAGACUAAGAAAAAGAACCGUUGCGCCUUCUUGUGAUUUAUUUUAUUAAUAUCUAAGAGAACUGGAAAGAUGAAGAACUGAUGAUUUCCACUAUUUGACUUCGUCCUCGUUUUAAUGUGACAGUAAGCUUUUGUAUAGUUGCUUAAAAGAAGCUGUGUUGUUGUGUACUCUUUGCUGGUGAAUCGUUUGAGUUCAUAGUGUGUAGUUCUACUAAUGCUAUGUAGUCUAAUCUCUCUCUCCUCUUUGACAUUUGAAUCUACCAAGUAAUAUUGUUUUUGCUUUCAA